CAACACGUGGACUUAGUUUUAAAGUCAUUGCCGUCAUUGCAUCUGAAGAAUUCACAAAAAGUUGCUUACCUUAACUAUGCAACGUGAUAAAUGUCGUAAGUGAUCAAUUUGAACAAGGCUUUGCAAUACAAGUGGUUUGAAUUUGGGACCAAAGGAAACCAACAGGAAUGAUGGAGAGUCAACUGACAGUUAAGGAUGAGAAGCCUGCAUCAUUAGUCAGUCAGACUGUAGGUGAAAUGAAAAUUAAUCAAGCUGAUUAUCAACCUUUUGUUGUGACCUUUGGGUCACAUCAGCCAUCACCAAUAUUGACUCUGCCUCUCAAUGUACCAUUGGCUGCAGCAGUCUUCCUUUCCCAGGGUACUAUUCUUGCCAACUCAGAUCCAUCAACUCUUCAGAUAAUCAAACCAAAGCCCAAUGAAAAUCCGCCUACUGUAGAAGGAAGUAAAAUGUCUUCUCCGGUGUCCUCUGUGAUACCAAUUCCAAGCACAUUCCCUAUUGCCGAACCGACAGCAGGAGCGGUACAUGUCGAACAAUCCCGCAAUGAUCACACAACAACCGAAUACGUCGAAAAUAGUGAGCAGCAUGCUCAUCUUCUACCUUCCCCGUGUUUCGUACCGAAUCCGCUAGAAGGGAAGAAAUCGCCUUACCCUAAAAUUAUUCGGAGAAGUUUUCAACCAGCUUAUGCUUCUCUUACAAUUGGUGAAACGCCUCUCUUGACCUCUGAAUUGACCGUAGCAUCCUUCGGAAAUAUCAGAGAUGUGAAUGCUUAUGUGGAUUUCAAUAUAGAUAUUCACAUGUCUACAGACACCACCAAAACAUGCAAGCUAAUCGAAGGAGUUGAAAAUGCUUUGUCAGCAAUGCCUCCUCUGAUCCCGAUUGUAAUGGACGAAGAACUUUUUCUAGCUAACCAUUCGUCAUUUCCUGAUAAAUGUCCGAAUGGUAAUAGACAACCUAACGCUGAUGCUAACUCCCCCUCUACUGAGCGUUCCUUGGUAAAUGAACUGGAAACCCAUAGUAAUCAAUUAGCAGGCCCGGGUGAGCUACAACUUCUACUUUCCCCACCAUCUGCCGGUCAGGAUAAGUCUCGUAAUCAUCCACCCGCUGCCAGUCCAAGCAAAAUUGCUUCACCUCCAACGCUACCAACACCUGGGCCUAGAAAUCUUACUACUCCUACAACCCAACCGUCUGCCACACCGGAUGAUCCUGCUACCAAAAAAAAAAAGAAAACAAGAAAAAGGACGGAAGAACAUCACAGUGCUUUAGAUGCAAUAUAAAAGGCCAUUUCAGUAAAAAAUUGUCCCCAAAAAAAGGGAUACGGUGCUGCAUCAAUCCCGCAAUGUAACCCUGCCCCUCAGCUUGUCCUCGUGUCGGCUCCACGACCAAGGGUCUAUCACCAAGCAGUUCCU